AUGGCAGCACGAAAAGAAUUUCUCUGCAUCCUCCCCGACAAUGCAAAUGUCCUUGCUAUCAGAAGAAAAGUUAAAAGAGUGCAUUACGAUGGAAUCAAGCCAUUAAUAGCUGCCGGAAAGCUGGUGGAUGGAGGUGCUAUCUUUGAGGAACAUCCCGAAGAGGGAAAAGAUGCCUUGUUUAAGGGUAGCGUUAUUGUGUACUCGGCUAAGAAUGCCGAAGAGGUCCGCGCCAUUCUCGAGAAAGACAUCUACGCCACGAGUGGUGUGUGGGAUUUGAGUAAAGCACAAAUCUUACCUAUUUCCGACAUCUAUGAGAAGCAGCAUAUGUGA